GAUACGAGUAAGCUAGGGCUGAAGUGACGAUUUCAAUAUCCUAGCGCAGCUGGACAUGUCGCGAUAUGGUUUAACCACAUGGCAUGAUGGUGAGAAGGCGGAAUGGGACAUCGUUUUCGUUCACGGCCUUCGUGGAGGAAGGGAGUCAACAUGGACGAAAGACGGAGUGGUCUGGCCAAAGGAAUUGCUCUCGAAAGAUGUGCCAAAAAGCCGAAUCUUCAGUUUUGGUUACGACUCUGGGGUUGUACAUUCCGACACUGCAGAAGUCACUCAAGGCAGCCUUGCAGAUGAUGCACGGCAGCUGUGUAGCCUCCUCAAUGAUAUACGCCAGCAGACAAACACUGCUGAUCGUCCUAUUAUCGUGAUAGGCCAUAGCCUCGGCGGCCUCGUCCUCGCUCAAGUGGUACAUGGUGGCAAUAAAGCGACAGAAGGAGACAGCAUCCACUCGAUCGCGCAAUGCAUCAAAGGGAUGAUAUUCCUUGGUACGCCAUUCUACGGCUCUAAGAUUGCUGGGUGGGGUGAAGUUGUCCGGCGUAUCUACAGCCUUGUUCAGAAAACGGACCAAGGCACUCUAAAGAAUCUCAUAUUAGAUUCAAAGGAGCUCAAAGACCUUCGAUUCGGGUUUCCAGACGUGGUCCGUAAGCGAAAUCAAACCCCAGCCAAGAUCAGCGUGGUCUUCUUCUUCGAGAAGAAGAUGACCUAUAAAGUGUGGGUUGUCAAGGAGGAAGAUGCGUCCUACCCUGGGGUUGGGGAAAUUCUGCCUAUGCAGGCCAAUCAUCGUGACAUCUGUAAGUUUGACGAUGCCGAAGAUGACGGAUACAAGCAAGUGAGAGCAAAGAUCAAGCAAGCUAUAGAGGCGGUCAAUGUGGUUGACGUGAGCACGGGUACCGAAACUUACAUUAUCAAUAAUAAUGGUACGAUCACGAAUCUCUCUCAGGGCGAUAUGAGAAUCGAGCAGCAGACCAACAAUUAUGGGUAAAUCAUGUAGAGCU